AUGUUUACUCUUCUUUUAUUGUUGUCAUUAUUCUUAUCAUGCAACGCGGCUCCUCCUUUUGGGCAGUUAUCUGUGAAAGGCAAUAAAUUGUUGGGCAGUAAUGGUCAACCAGCUCAGCUUGCUGGAAUGUCUCUCUUCUGGUCUAACUGUGAUGAAGGCAAAAUCUUUUACAACGAAGAAACUUUGCGUCAACUCAAAUGCGCGUGGAAUGCUAAUGCUGUCAGAGCGGCAAUGGGUGUAGAAUCUACUGGGUGUGGAAAGCCGGGUUAUCUGGAUCUUCCAAAUGUUGAGCGUGAUAAGGUUGAGGCUGUCGUUCAGGCUGCUAUUAAAUUGGAUAUGUAUGCUGUUGUUGACUAUCACACGGAGCAGGCACAAAACUCGCUGGCUAGAGCGAAAGAAUUCUUCACUUAUUUUGCUUCUAAAUAUGGAAAAUACCCAAACAUCAUCUAUGAGCCUUUCAAUGAACCUACGACUGACUGGAAGACUCUAAGGCAUAUCACCAGCAGAUUGUAG